CGUCGUCGUUGCAUUUGGAUUCCGUAAAAGGAACAAAAUAAAACGUUGAAGUAUUCGAGAUUUAAAUGCGAGGAAAACCGUUUUCCUUUACCGAUGCUACGUUGGCGUGCUACAUCGUCGUUAUCGUACUCGUACCUGCGACCGAACCAGACACAAGAAAUGUAAACAGCGUUGGUCCUUGGUUAAAGUACAACGACUCAACGAAAGAAGACACGUAUUAUGACAAGCUGUGUUUAGAAGCGCUCUGUGUAGAUUUAACAACAAUCGCUGACGAUUUGUUUCCGUUCGUAUCGAAAUUUAUCGUCGCGAGCAAGUUGGAUCCAUUGACGAUCCCGGAUAUUCGCAAAGGCUAUUGGAUGUGUGUCCCGUUUAUGUUUGGAGCAUGCGGAAAAUUAAAGUAUUCCCUCUCCUCGGGACUGGUGUCGUACGUGUCGAAAUUAGAACGAGCUGGCAGGGUGGUAGCCAUGUACAGAGAUAAAAGACUACGCAUCGACGCAAGCAUUGUGUUCGACUACAUUUUGUUCGACGUCGACUAUUUCGUGGAGCUGCUCUUCCUGCGAGGAUACGGAUGGCUACUGGUGGAGGCGGACUCGAUUUUGGUCGACGUCAGCGUCGAUUACGAUAUCUUGAGCUUUAAGUUUUCUCUCAAGGAGCUCAAACUGAAGAGGAUCGGAUCUAUGGCGAUUUUUACAGACGAGAGCAGCCUGGUGGAACAAUUGGGAACACCCGUUGCAAAUAUCGGCUUAUUUUUCGCGAAUGAGGCCCUGACCGAGGAAAUCGAAAGAUUCGCCACUGAAAUCGUAGAAGAACGACUCGCACGGAUGAGUGUGAUCAUUUCUCUGUGGAAAAUUCUUUCGUUGUUCGUGACAACGUAAUCGCAACGUGAAUAAAAUGUAUAAUAACGAAAACCUCGUUAUAACGACGUAUUCCUCCCUCGAUAUAACGACGCGAAUCAUCUCCGCGACUGUUUACCGUUAAUCAGAAAAAAUCGAAUCAACAAUCGAUCCAGGGAUCUUUGUGUCUUCGCUGGCAAAAGAAUCAGUGUCACUUGACUUAUCAAGUAUUGUUUCUCGAUAAAAUGCAUCGAGAUAACGCAAUAAAUCGUCGAUAAAAGGCAACCAAAACGGUAGUCGGGUAUCGUCCACUCGUAUUUGUCUACUCUGGUUCGUUUCGUGAACGGAUGAACCAUGGCUAAAAUUCGAAAUUUCCUUUUGGCCGUCGCGUCCGUCCUACUCGUUGUGGGUUUCGCUCAUUCGGCCGAUUCUGAAUUAAACAAUGAAUACUCCGAAAGAGUAUCAGUAAAUAUCAACGAGCUGUUCGACAAGCUGUUGCCAAUGAUUCGACGGAUCAUCCAGAACGAGUCACUGGACCCAUUGGAAAUGGACGACGUCAACGAAAAGCUGAACGGACCAUUAGUUCACAACGGAGUUCUCAGCAUGACGAAGGGUUCGUUGAAAGGGCUGGGAAGCAUAACGCGCGUAUCCGACGUCAUUUUGACUUACGAAAACAAAAUAUUGACGUUAGACAUGUCUCUGAGAUUACCUACUCUUAACCUGAACUACGACUACUUUUUCAAAUACGGAAUCGUCUCGAGAAAGGGAAGCUUCGUCGGUCGAUUCUCAAACGUCGACCUGCGAGUCGUACUGGGACUGGACAUGGUCAAGUAUAAACUAAUUUUCGAUUCGUUCAAGGUCAUCAAAAUAAGUAACAUAAACGUCGAGCUCCAGGGCCACGUGUUCGAUAAAGUGCUAAACUCUGUGAUCAAAGCUCUUAUACCCAGGUUCAGUAAAGACGUCAUAAAUGCGGUGGAACUCCGAGGCUCGGCGACUAUACGAAACCUCGUGGCGGAGAUCAACUCUAAGCUUCCACGACCAGGUAGUCAACGACUACUGUAUCGACACGUUGAGCAGAGCUUGGAAAACAUCCCAACUACAUUCACAUUCGCGUAUCUUUGAUCCAACGAACUCCGACUGCAAUUGUCUUCGACAAAUUCCAGACUAGUGACUAAACUGCGGAUUUUUAUCCAUUCACAAGAAACGCGAAUGCGCAAGAAACUACAAAAUGCACAGUAUGCAAUAAUAUAAGAAAAUAUUGAAAGUAAAGUUCAUGCUAUAAAUUUC